AUGGACGAGCAGCAGUCACUGCCUCCGCUGGAGGAUUAUUAUACUCAGGUGUCAAGAGACGCAUUACGGACCGACGAAAGCCUUGGCGGAGUUGCGACUGCAGCAGAAGGCUUCGUAUCGGUUGUAGCUCCGGUCCGUGAGCAGCAAGAGGACGCCAGUGUCACUGAGCCUGUCGAGGAACACCGAAGGCCCAACGUGCCUACAAAGCGCAGAGUGAAACGAGCUUUGUUCUCAACCCUGGCCCUGCGAAGCGUGCCGGAGAAGCGGAAGAACUUGCGUUCCUCAAUCGAGAAGUUGUCAGUCCGCAGGGUUUAUGCCGACCAGCCUCCUAGUGGCACCACAACAACGGAUGUGGCUCACGUCAGCGAGUCCAUGAAGGGACACCAAUGGAGCGCGUCCAAUAUGCGCUGCGCUUCAGAUAUCACCAUCCCAAGAGACAAUGGUACUGAACGUGGCUCACCCACUACGUGCCCUGCAAACAUUACUACUCGUGGGCAAUGGAAUGAGAUUAGAGAUGAUAGGAACAGCACUAUUCUAUCCGGGAUCGGCGACAAUGCAGGCUGGGGACCCCCAUCUAGCGCAAUCGCACUCCCGGACUCGUAUAUGCCCGCAGACAACUCGACUGGGGAUCCUACGGCAGAUCCAUGGUACUUGACGCCGUGGGCUAUGGAACCAUGCUCGUCGGAGACAUUGCCCGCAUCUUUCUGGGAUUGGACCUGGCCUCAAUCCGGGUGUCUAACCGGGUCCGAGACCAACGGUUUGUCACAUCCGUCUAUUCCUGCAUCGCAGGCGGCAGGAUGGCCCUUUGGAGGCGAGGCUGAACAGCCUCAGCAGCCGAGCACAAGCGGCGUUAUGCCCUUCUGGGCAUACCACUCACAAGAGCUGUACCCUCCAGGUCCCUCUUUUGAUGCACCGGACCCUAUACCCUCGUCCGAUGCACUCGGGCUCUCUUCUAUACUAGAAACCGCGCCACCGAGCUUUCCGAGAUUCCAUCACGUGCAGCAUGUCGAGGAAGCCAGCUUGGCGCUCCCGACUGAGCCUCCAAUGCUAUUGCCUCCCUGGGAUCCAUUGGCGCGUCUUUCCGCAGCAUUGCCCAUGACGGACUUCCACCGCCACAGCUUGCAUCAACAACCAUCUGCGCCCGUCCCUGUUCGAUAUUGCCAGUCGCUAGUACCCCGAUGGCUACAGACUAUGAUGAAUUACCAGGAAGCUGAAGUGAGGCCAUUCGAUGAUUUCGGUGCCAGCAGCCUGGAUUUACCUCGUAAUGUCACGGUGCCAGAAGACCAGGUCGAGUAUUGUCACACGACCUAG